AUGGAGUUCGACGAGAGCCUUGAUCCGUUUUCGAGCGAGAGUCUAUGGAGGCUUUCGAGGUUCAGCGUGGAGGCCCUACAGCCGCCCGAUGAAAUCCCAUGGAACGCGACCUUACCUGGUACGCAAAUCAGCUCCGUUGUCCUGGUCUUUUACUAUAUUAGAUGGACGCUGACAUGGGAAUUGACAGAUAUCUCUAAUUCGAUACUUAGAGAAACCCUCAAUACUUCCGAGAAACCAGAUUCCGUAUGGAAGUUGAAUUAUUUCACUGAUGAACUUGGAGCUCCCGGAUCUUUUGAUGAUUCGAUCGUCAACCCUGCCAUAGAGACCGAGUCUGUUACGCCGACGACUAGCUCGCUUGACACAGAUGAUCGGAGCAAUAUAUGGUCCUUGGAUGCUCUUCAAGAAGGCGAUCUAUUCUCUGCGCCACUGAAAUCGUGGGAGAAAUUCCAUUCUCAAUCAUUCCAAGAGCCGGUCUCUGCAUAUUUCAGUGAAUCGGGCUCGCGAGGGCUCGACGCCGCGUUGAGGCUCAAAGAUGCAGCAAACUCAGAUGCGCCAAAUGGGCCUGUUCGAGAGAGAGCUUUCGUUCGAUCGCUCUUGCAUCUGGGAUUGGGCUGGAGUUCGCCGUUCUUCUGCUACAAUGCGCGCUCCGGCAAAUUCGAGAAGUAUCAAAGGAGCAUUCGCGUCUCCGGCGUGAGCACAACUAAUACCGACAAAGUCAUCUCAGACUUGAUGCAAUGCGGAUCAAAUAUGCUAUUCGUUCGGUCGUUCGCAGAAUCCCAAACAUCGAAAGCUAAAAACCUGUCAUCCCUCUUCACAUUGCGUGGUACCAUCGCUGUCGUUCUCUACCAUCUUGAAAACCAAGUCACCGGCCGUUCAGAAAGCCUGGUGUCGCUAAUCCAGGUCUCUACGUUAUUCAGGCGAUGCGGUGAGCUAGUUCAAGCCCUAGCUGAUAUAAUCAGGGCAACGGAAAGGGCCGCUUCUGACGCCCAGGUGAUAUCUAUUCUGAUGGACCACGCUGCAGUUCUUGCUCUGAAAUAUGGGUGGAUAGAAAAUCUCAUACAAGAGAUUGUUGUCCGUGUAGCAGAUCCCUGGCUCGGCUUCAUUGAAGGUUGGAUUGGUCUUCGACCGGAGAUACCAGCUUCAACAGAGCUUAUUCAAAGCGGCGCAACGUUUGUCGGCCAGGGAGCCCACGAAGAUCUGAGCAGGCUUCGGAUAGGACCGUCGAAAAAGAUUGACUACACGUACCAAAAAGAACACAUGCCUUCGUUUAUCCCUGCCGAUCAAGCGCAGGAUAUUUUUGAAAGCGGAAGAAGCUUAAGGCUGCUCAAAAAAUCUCACCCAAAUCACCCAAUUGCUCGGGGUGAUGUCCUUACUAGAUCAGGUCUGAUGCAUCUCCACUUCGCAACCAAUUGGGCUGAUAUCGAAAAAAUCCACCGGAAAGCCGAAGAGUAUGAGUCCAGGCUACGAAUCGAAAUCCUCCGUUAUCACUCAGAAGGGUGGAGGCCCGAGCCAGAGACUGGCUAUUUCUCGGUUGCUCAAGACCAUGAUAGAGAUCAAAUUGUUCGCCAAACCUUCCAGCUAUUCGAUAUAGAUGACGAGGGGCAAAUGGCUGAUUCCGCAAUGGAUCGUAAGAGUAUCUCGAAUGACAAAAUUCGCUCAAUGAUCCGUGACGGUAGAGACGUUGACGACUAUUCUAUGGAGCCUGUUAAGUCUUUUGGACCUGAGUUAACAUCUGGCUUGUACUUAUCCCUAGCCCCGGUCAUCGCAUCUCAAAGCCGCCUUGUUGAUUUCUCGUGUCUUCAUCACCUGUUCACGGAGCAAAAUCUACGGCAGCACCUCGACUUACAAUGGCGAUUCCAACUCUUGGGUGAUGGAUCUUUUGUGUCGCGUCUUUCACAUUCGCUUUUUGAUCCUGAGAUGGAGAGUGGAGAACGCAGGGCCGGGGUAGUUCGAAGCGGCGUGCAUACCGGGUUGCGGCUAGGGAGCCGCGAUACCUGGCCUCCCGCCAGCUCAGAGCUGCGCCUUGUCCUCAUUGGACUUCUCGGCGACUGCUAUUUUUCGGAGCCGGAGCCAGAGACUCAAGAAAACCCUCAAGCUCAACAGGUUGAACGGUGCAAAGACCCCAAUGCUAUCGAAGCACUCGAUUUCCUCCGUCUUCAAUAUAAACCCCCCGAGGCACUUGAAGCUCUCAUAACCCAACGGUCGCUCGAUAAAUAUGACCGCCUCUUUAAGCAACUACUCCGUCUGCAACGCAUGAUGUCUGUGGUAAAGGGCCUUAUUCGUGAUUCAACCUCGCGAUCUUCUCUUUCAGGAGAUACUCGAAACAUCUUCCAAAAGUUCCGCAUCGACGCUCAACACUUUGUUCUCGCUCUCAGCGACUAUUGCUUUAAUACUGGGGUUGGGUCAAUCUGGAAUCAAUUUCAGGAGAAGCUUUCCAGAAUCGAGCGCUGCCUUCGACGCGGUGACAUUGACGGAACAAUUGAGACAGCCCACUCAGUCCAUCGCCUCCGGGACCUACAUGAGGAUGUACUCGACCAGAUGCUGUUUGCCUUUUUCUUAAGCAAACGACAUGCCCCAGCGGCUAAAUUGCUCGAUACCAUAUUCAGCAUCAUCCUCGCAUUCAGUCCAUUAUCGAAAGCUGAUGGCAGUGGGCUUCGCCAUGGAAGUGAGGGUACUGUUCAUCAUCUGUAUGCUACGUUUCGGAAACAAUCGUCUGCUUUUGUUGGAUAUCUGCGCGGCUUAGAUUCUGGGAAGGCCUCUUCCAAGCCUAUGCAAAAGUCUGGGGCCUUCUUUGCGUCGCGAAGCGAUCCGACUAGUGUUUUUGACCAUCUUCGUGUAAGAUUAGAGAUGCGACGCUACUAUUGA